AUGGCUCACUUCCUUGUUCAUGCAUUUCUUUGGUUGGGUCUCGCAACCACUGCAUUUUCAUUGUCCCCCAAAUUUUAUGACAAAGUUUGUCCCCAAGCUUUGCCUGCCAUCAGGAAAGUUAUUGAGGCUUCUAUCCACCGUGAGCGGAGAAUGGGAGCCUCUUUUCUUCGUCUGCACUUCCACGACUGCUUCGUUAACGGCUGUGACGGUUCACUUCUUCUGUAUUCGACGCCUGCUUUUGUUACCGAGAAAAAUGCACGUGGAAAUUUGAACUCUGUGAGAGGGUUUGAAGUUGUAGAUCAAAUUAAGGGUGAAGUGGAUAGAGUCUGUGGACGCCCUGUGGUCUCUUGUGCUGAUAUCUUAGCCGUAGCAGCCCGAGAUUCGGUAGUUGCGCUUGGAGGCCCGACAUGGAAGGUUCGUUUGGGAAGGAGAGACUCAACCACUGCCAGAAUAGAUUUAGCAAACACCUCGCUUCCAUCGGCAUCAAUGGAUCUCCCUGACUUGAUCAACAACUUUAAGAAGCAGGGCUUGAACAAGAGAGAUCUCAGACACAUGUCCAUGCACCGGAGGGAACACGAAUACGCUCCUUUCGACUCAACGGCUGCUCAUUUUGACACGACAUACUUCAAAAACUUGGUGAAGCAAAGGGGUCUACUCACCUCGGAUCUAGCACUUUUCAAUGGUGGCUCCACUGAUAAACUCAUAAAGAGUUACAGCUUGAACCCUAAUGCUUUCUGGGUUGAUUUUGGAAAGUCUAUGAUUAGGAUGGGAAACAUUAAGCCUUUGACUGGAAAAGGACAGAUUCGUGUCAACUAUAGGAAGGUGAAUUAUUGA